AGCCGUACUCCUCAUCUCUGCCAUUAAUCCCGUCUCAUCUGUUACUGUAAGUGAUUUUGGAGGAGCCUAUUUGUAGAACCGCUGAAGUUUUUUUCCAGGAGCCCAAACUGUUGCCAUCCGUCUUGUGGCUGGCUGACUCUCAUAGGAGGGGGGAAGGAUGUCCAACAACAUGGCCAAGAUUGCAGAUGCUCGGAAGACUGUAGAGCAGCUGAAACUGGAGGUGAACAUAGAGAGGAUGAUGGUAUCCAAAGCAGCAGCUGAUCUGAUGGCCUACUGUGAAACCCACGCCAAAGAGGACCCCCUGGUGACACCCAUGCCUUCCUCUGAGAACCCGUUUAGGGAGAAGAAGUUAUUCUGUGUCAUACUAUAACCCAUCACAUUCACGAAACAAAAUAAUGCAUGUUCCUUUCAAUGAGUUCAGUGUCAAAUUUAAUGAUAGAAAUCAAAAGAAACCCCCUUUUUUUAUUAUAACAUUCAGUUUUGUAUUUAAAGUAGCUCUUUGGUCACUGACUUCACCCGAGAGAUGAGGAUCAAUGGAGCAUGAUAAUGAUGACAAUAAAAAUGGGAGCAAAGUUCUUUCCCACAGGCAUGUGCUGCUGCCUCUCCUUGUGCACACAGAUUAGAUAUUAACCCUUUCACCAAAUAGUUUUUAAGCUUGGCUAUCUAAGAUCAAACAUUUCACGAUAAUAAUAAAAUAUUUGGUCACAUCUCUGUAUUAAUGUUUUCGAUUAUCUUCCUUUCAGAUAACAAGAUCGCCAGGCACAAUAAA